UAUGUGUUUUCUCUUCAACAGACAGUCAAACAGACAGCAUUGACUCACUGCUGCAGGACUCACUGUUGCAGGACUCACUAUUGCAGGACUCACUGCUGCAGGACUCACUGUUGCAGGACUCACUGCUGCAGGACUCACUGCUGCAGGACUCACUGCUGCAGGAUUCACUGCUGCAGGUCUCACUGUUGCAGGACUCACUGCUGCAGGACUCACUGCUGCAGGUCUCACUGCUGCAGGACUCACUGUUGCAGGUCUCACUGCUGUUGCAGGACUCAGUGCUGCAGGUCUCACUGUUGCAGGACUCACUGUUGCAGGACUCACUGCUGCAGGACUCACUGUUGCAGGACUCACUGCUGCAGGACUCACUGUUGCAGGACUCACUACUGCAGGACUCACUACUGCAGGACUCACUGUUGCAGGUCUCACUGCUGCAGGACUCACUGUUGCAGGACUCACUACUGCAGGACUCACUACUGCAGGACUCACUGUUGCAGGUCUCACUGCUGCAGGACUCACUGUUGCAGGACUUACUGCUACUGCAGGACUCACUGCUGCAGGACUCACUGUUGCAGGUCUCACUGUUGCAGGACUCACUGUUGCAGGACUCACUGUUGCAGGACUCACUAUUGCAGGACUCACUGCUGCAGGACUCACUGUUGCAGGACUCACUGCUGCAGGACUCACUGCUGCAGGACUCACUGCUGCAGGACUCACUGCUGCAGGACUCACUGCUGCAGGUCUCACUGUUGCAGGACUCACUGCUGCAGGACUCACUGUUGCAGGACUCACUACUGCAGGACUCACUACUGCAGGACUCACUGUUGCAGGUCUCACUGCUGCAGGACUCACUGUUGCAGGACUUACUGCUACUGCAGGACUCACUGCUGCAGGACUCACUGUUGCAGGUCUCACUGUUGCAGGACUCACUGUUGCAGGACUCACUGCUGCAGGACUCACUGUUGCAGGACUCACUACUGCAGGACUCACUGUUGCAGGACUCACUACUGCAGGACUCACUGCUGCAUGUUCACAAAGCCAAAAAAGGAGAAGAAUAAAAACAACUUCCAAAGCUAAAUGUGUAAAAUAAUACCCAGAAACCUCAAGUUGCUAAAUACAGGGUCUUAGCUUUAGCCUCUGG